AUGCUUCCCAAAGCCUUCCUCCCUCUCUGUGCCAUCUUCCUCCCAUGCGCUCAAGCAUGCCUCGAAGUCACCGGCACUCUUUUCGUCUCCCAUUCAACCUCUUGGAACGUCCAGUUGAAGGACGACGGGACCCAAACCUGCAGCUUUAACUGCAAUGCUGUCACCACCACCUGUGACGCAAGCUGUAGUGAUGGCUAUCGGGCCAAAUGGACAACGACCACCGAUUGGAGACAUCAGCCUGGAAAGCUGCAUUAUGACACCCCUCACGGGUCAUACGACUUAGAUGUACCCGUUGAGCCUGGCUCAGAAGUGACGUACAAUUGCUGUGGUGGUAAUGUACCGUGCCAAUGCACCCAGAUUACCUACCGCGGAAAUUUCUGGUGUUGA